UAUUGGUUCUCGUUGAUGCUGCCUGGGGCCCUCAUUGGUUGUCCUCUCCAGGCCGCGGGCACCUGCCCUUCUCUUCGUGUUCCAAUUGGCUGCGGCGGGCCGGGAAAGCAGGAGAAGGGUGAAUUGCGAAAGGAACAGGAAGGGAAGAUGGCGUUACAGGAGGUGGCUGGUUUUCUGCUCUUGGGCCUGGGGCUAGUAUUCGCGCAGACAGGACAGGUGCCCUUGCUGGCUUGGUCUAGCCAAAGCUCUUUAUGGUCCUCCUUGGCAGCACCGCAUGAAGGGCAUGUGGUGACAGAAACUCAACUUGCAGCUUUACUGGAUUCAGCACUAGACAGUGGACCUCACAAUGUGCUGCUUUUCCUUCAGGAGAAACUCAGCGUCGAGGAUUUCACAUCCUACGGUGGGGUGUUUGGAAACAAGCCAGACAGCGCCUUCCCUAAUCUGGAGAAUGCGCUUGGUGUAGCUCCAUCCUCCUUGGUGCUUCCCUCCGUGGAUUGGUUUGCAGCCAGUGCUGUCCCUGCCUUUUUGAAGGCCAAGCUGGGCAUAUCGCCUCUUCACUUGGAUCAGAACACCCUGCAGGAGCUGCGGCUCAAUGCCAGCCUACCUGCCCUGCUGUUGAUACGACUGCCGUAUGCCACUGGCUCUAGUCUCAUGGCCCCAAAGGAAGUUUUAACCAGCAAUGAUGAAAUCCUGGGACAGGUUUUGAGCACCCUUCAGUCAGAAGACAUCCCCUACACAGCUAUCCUGACUGCUUUGCAGCCCUCACGGGUUAUCCGAGAUGUGUCUGACAUAGCUUCUGAGCGACUGGGGCGGCAGUUGCUCCAAAAGGAGACUGUGAUUGCACCACUUCGUUACCCUAAACAUGGGAUCCCGCAGAUUCUCUUCUGGGCCAGCCACUUCUCAGUGGCUUUUAAUGACACGUGGCAUGACCUUACCAACCUCACGUUUGGAAGUCAGGCCUCAGUCGAUGUGGAAGAGUCCCAGUGGAAGGCUAAUGCUUCUCAGUUGGUACUGAAGUAUGCAAAUGUAGGUGGGAGUUCCUUGACAGUCAGGUUCCGCAUGUCAAACUUCCUCUACCCAGUUUCUGCUCGGUACUGGUUUACCCUCCACACUAUGGAGUUGGUCAGGCCUCGGAACCCCCCUGCUGUCUUCAAUGCCACCCAGGUCAUGGCACCCAGCAAUUAUUCUUUCAGGUGUACCCGUGUGAGCAGUCAGCCGACCUCUGGGGCCAUCUUAGUACCUAGCAGCAAUUCAGCCAGCCAGUGGAAAGUGCUGAUUGCGAAUUUUCAGAUCCAGAGCUUCAAUGUGACAGGUGAAAGAUUCUCCUAUGCCAGUGAUUGUGCCGGCUUCUUUUCUCCUGGGAUCUGGAUGGGGCUGCUGACCUCCCUGCUGCUUGUUGCCAUUUUCACCUACGGCCUCCACAUGGUUAUGAGUCUCAAGACUAUGGACCGUUUUGAUGACCCCAAGGGACCUACCAUAUCUGUGCCCCAGACAGAAUAGGGGCCAGUUCAUGUACUCCCUGCCUUGGGAUCCUUGUGACAGUGCUGGGCUUGUUCUGUUCAUUCCAUCUGUCAUCACUUUUCCUUCCCAACCCACACCAGCACAAUGCAUUACACCCUGUUGGUCCCAGUCCUUUAACUUCUCUCCCUUCUACUUCCUUCUCCCCAAUAGUUGCUUUCCUGCUAAAAUUCCCUGGUCACUUGUUCUCUCUCCUUUGAUCCUUUGUAGCUUCCCCAGCCUGAAACAUUGCAGGGGCAUGCUAUAAACAAGAAGGAUGGUGUAGAUGUCCUGUUUUAUGGAAGUGCAGAUCCUGUGUGUUGCAGUGUCAAGGCUGUCCAUGUUCAACUUUUGCUGAGGACACAUCUUCAGGGACACACUGCCAUCCCCCUUCAUUUUUCAGUGGGACAGAAGCAGUCCUGCCUUGGAUGUACAUUCUCUAAGGUGGUUGUUGUAUUUAGAAGUCUCCUUAUCUUGCCUCCUCCCCAAUCCUUGUUUGCAGCCGUGUUAUAAAUGGUCUCUCCCCCCCCCCCCCAGCCUUAUUUAUUUAUGUGGUUUCUGUGAUUAGUACUGUUUACAGUGACUCAGUAUUUGGAACUCCAUGCUGCUCUUGAUUGGGGUGGGGGCUUCCUUCCUGUGAAUCCUCACCGUUAAAUUAACUUGAAUGAUGUGAAUAAAAGAGGAAGUCUA